AUGCACAACCCACUUAUCAAGCCUCGCGAAAUUGAAGAUAUAAAAGUUGGUGCUGGUGUUAAUAUCAAAUAUCACCAUGCAUAUCAUGGUUUGGAACGGUCACACCAUGAAAUUUUUGGGAAUGAUGUAAAGUCUUACUCUGAUCUGGAUUGGUGGGUGAAUUCAUUGAAAGAAACAAAUCCUGGCUCUUAUGUGGAUUUUCAGUUUAACCAUGCAACUCAGACAUUUGAAAGGUUAUUCAUUGAAAUAGGCGCUUGUAUUGAAGGUUAUAGACUUUGUCGACCAAUGAUUUUUGUUGAUGCAACUUUUCUGACCGGGAGAUUUAGAGGUACCCUUAUGGCUGCUACUUGUCUGAAUGGGAAUCAAGGUUUUUAUCCGCUAGCCUUUGCAUUGGUCCCAGGAGAGGAUGUUGACAAUUGGGAUUGGUUUAUGUGCAAUCUUAGCAACAUUGUUGAUGACCGUCCUAUCACCUUUAUGUCUGAUCGUCAUGAAGGAUUGUUGAGGGAUAUUCCUAAACACUUUCCUACUUCCCAUCAUGGCUAUUGUUACUACCACUUGCAAGGAAACUUACCAAUCAGGAAAUCGGACGAGAAGUACAAAGAAGUUAUGGCUUGUUUCAAAAAAGCAACUUAUGCUCUCACACCAGCAAGAUAUGAAGAAGCACUAAUGGAAAUGGAGUUAAUGGGAAGGCCUGGGGUUGCUGAGUAUUGCCGCAAUAUGCCUAGGAAACAUUGGUCCAGCGCGUUCUUCACUGGCUGUAGAUUUGGUCAGACUACAUCAAGCGUUGAUGAGUCCUUCAAUAAUUGGAUUCGGAAAGACAAGAGGUUGCCUGCCUGCGCCCUCGUUGACAUGAUCAGGUUACGCGUUAUGGAGUUGAUGAAUGAACGUCGCGAAAUGAGUCUUUUGAUGGACCCUGAGAAGCUCACUCCUACCUACGAGGCGUUACUUAAAGAACAUAUUCAAAUUGGUCGAGUUUGGAAUGUUACUCAGUCAUCUGUGUAUGAGUAUGAGAUUCAUUCACCUAGGUCUCACAUUAUUGAUCUUCUGAACAAGACUUGCACCUGCCAAAGAUGGCGUGUUUAUGGUUUUCCAUGCUCUCAUGCUACAGCAGCUAUUUCUGCCAAGGGUGAUCGAUACGUAGAUUAUAUCGAAGACUACUUCAAAGUUACAAAUUUUCAGCAGUUGUAUUCAAUUGCUAUCAGACCAAUCCCUAACUACAACAGGCCAGAGCAGUAUCUUCCAAAGGAUACUAUUUUUCCACCCCAUCCACGAGUUCCACCAAGUAGGCCAAAGGGAAAUCGUAUCAAGAAUGCAUGGGAGAAAGCUAGGAAGUCCGUCCGUUGUUCCAACUGCAAGAAGAAAACUCACCACAACAAGGCAACGUGCACUGUCAUUCCUUCAUACCCAUGA